AUGUCCGCCAAGUCCAUCCUCGAGGCCGACGGCAAGGCCAUCCUCAACUACCACUUGACCCGGGCACCGGUGAUCAAGCCUACUCCCCUCGCCAAGUCCACCACCCACAAUGCUCCUCCCAGGCUCGCAUCCCUCUACUUCCCUGAGGAUGCCGAUGUGAAGGCUGUCCUGGACCAGGCUGAGGUUACCUACCCCUGGUUGCUCCAGUCCGGAGCCAAGUUCGUCGCAAAGCCAGAUCAGCUCAUCAAGCGCCGUGGUAAGAGCGGCCUCCUUGCAUUGAACAAGACCUGGCCCGAGGCCAAGGCUUGGGUUGCCGAGCGUGCUGGUAAGGAGCAGCAGGUUGAGCACGUCCGUGGCGUCCUCCGUCAAUUCCUCGUCGAGCCUUUCGUUCCUCACCCCGAGGGCACUGAGUACUACAUCAACAUCAACUCCGUGAGAGAAGGUGAUUGGAUUCUUUUCACCCACGAGGGUGGUGUCGAUGUCGGCGAUGUCGACGCUAAGGCAGAGAAGCUUCUGAUUCCUGUCGACCUUUCAGAAUAUCCUUCCAACGAAGAGAUCGCAGCAACCCUGCUGAAGAAGGUUCCCCAGGGUGUGCACAACGUCCUGGUUGACUUCAUCUCGCGACUGUACGCUGUCUACGUCGACUGCCAGUUCACCUACCUUGAGAUCAACCCCUUGGUCGUCAUCCCCAACGCCGACGCCACUUCCGCAGAUGUUUACUUCCUGGAUCUCGCUGCCAAGCUCGACCAGACCGCCGACUUCGAGUGUGGUGUGAAAUGGGCCGUUGCCCGAUCGCCCGCCGCUCUGGGUUUGGCCGCUCAGUCGAGCGCAGGCACAGUCAGCGUUGAUGCUGGCCCGCCCAUGGAGUUCCCUGCUCCUUUCGGCCGUGAGCUGACCAAGGAGGAGGCUUACAUCGCCGAGUUGGAUGCCAAGACUGGUGCUUCUCUCAAGCUCACCGUCCUGAAUGCCAACGGCCGUGUAUGGACUCUCGUCGCUGGUGGUGGUGCUUCCGUCGUCUACGCCGAUGCCAUUGCCUCGGCUGGUUUCGCGGACGACCUCGCCAACUAUGGUGAGUACUCUGGUGCUCCCACCGAGUCCCAGACUUACCACUACGCUCGCACCGUUUUGGACUUGAUGCUCCGCGCCCCCGUGGACAGCAAGGGCAAGGUUCUGUUCAUCGGUGGUGGUAUCGCCAACUUCACCAACGUUGCUUCCACCUUCAAGGGUGUCAUCCGUGCUCUGCGUGAGUACGCCAAGCAACUCAACGAGCACAACGUCCAGAUCUGGGUACGACGUGCCGGUCCCAACUACCAGGAGGGUCUCAAGAACAUGAAGGCAGCCACCCAAGAGCUGGGUCUCCAGGCUAAGAUCUUCGGCCCUGAGAUGCACGUCUCUGGUAUUGUGCCCCUGGCUCUUGUCCCUGGCAGAUGGGAGGAGGCUCAAAAGCUGGGUGUCACUGAGUUCCAAGCAUAA